AUGAAGUCCUAUUGCUGGACUCUGGUUUUGGCUGUCCUGGGUACAGAAUUUCUGGGAAGCUUCUGCACCACUAUCAAAUCUCCACGGUUCAGAGGGCGUGUGCAGCAGGAACGAAAAAACAUCAGACCCAAUAUUAUUCUUGUGCUUACAGAUGAUCAAGACGUGGAGCUAGGAUCCUUGCAAGUGAUGAAUAAAACAAGAAAAAUCAUGGAGCGUGGGGGAGCCACUUUUAUUAAUGCCUUUGUUACCACCCCCAUGUGCUGCCCCUCUCGGUCCUCUAUGCUCACAGGGAAGUAUGUCCACAACCACAAUGUGUACACCAACAAUGAGAACUGUUCCUCCCCUUCCUGGCAGGCAAUGCAUGAACCACGCACAUUUGCUGUGUAUCUCAACAACACCGGAUACAGAACAGCUUUCUUUGGAAAAUACCUCAAUGAAUAUAAUGGCAGCUACAUCCCUCCUGGGUGGCGAGAGUGGCUUGGAUUAAUCAAGAAUUCUCGUUUCUAUAAUUACACUGUUUGUCGCAAUGGCAUCAAAGAGAAGCAUGGAUUUGAUUAUGCCAAGGACUACUUCACAGACUUAAUCACUAACGAGAGCAUUAAUUACUUCAAAAUGUCUAAGAGAAUGUAUCCCCAUAGGCCCAUAAUGAUGGUCAUCAGCCAUGCUGCACCCCAUGGCCCUGAGGAUUCAGCACCACAGUUCUCAGACCUCUAUCCAAAUGCUUCCCAGCACAUUACUCCCAGUUACAACUAUGCACCAAAUAUGGAUAAGCAUUGGAUUAUGCAAUACACAGGACCCAUGCUGCCCAUCCACAUGGAAUUUACAAAUGUUUUGCAGCGAAAAAGGCUUCAGACUCUGAUGUCAGUUGAUGACUCUGUGGAAAGGCUAUAUAAUAUGCUUGUGGAAACUGGAGAACUGGAUAAUACCUACAUUAUUUACACUGCAGACCAUGGGUACCAUAUUGGGCAAUUUGGAUUGGUCAAGGGGAAAUCCAUGCCAUAUGACUUUGACAUCCGUGUUCCUUUCUUUAUUCGUGGACCGAGUGUAGAACCAGGAUCAAUAGUAUCUCAGAUUGUGCUGAACAUUGACCUGGCUCCCACCAUCCUGGAUAUUGCUGGGCUCGAUACGCCUCCUGAUGUAGAUGGCAAGUCAGUCCUCAAACUACUGGACCUAGAAAAACCAGGUAACAGGUUUCGAACAAACAAAAAGACCAAAAUUUGGCGUGAUACAUUCCUAGUGGAAAGAGGCAAAUUCCUGCGCAAGAAGGAAGAACCUAGCAAGAAUACCCAACAGUCAAAUCACUUACCCAAAUACGAAAGGGUCAAAGAACUUUGCCAACAAGCACGGUACCAAACAGCCUGUGAACAGCCCGGACAGAAGUGGCAGUGCAUCGAGGACACGUCUGGCAAACUUCGAAUUCACAAAUGUAAAGGAUCCAGUGACCUGCUCUCAGUCCGGAAGAGAACGCGAAGUAUCCACUCCCGGGGCUUCAGUAACAAAGACAAAGAAUGUAAUUGUGGGGAGGCUGAUUAUCGGGCUAGCAGGAACCAGAGGAAAAACCAGAGACAGUUCCUGAGAAACCAUGGCACUCAGAAAUACAAGCCAAGAUUUGUUCACACUCGCCAAACCCGUUCCCUAUCUGUGGAAUUUGAAGGAGAAAUAUACGAUAUAAACUUAGAGGAAGAAGAGUUGCAACUGUUACGGCCAAGAAGUAUUUCAAAGCGCCAUGAUGAAGGCCUUAAGUCUCCAGGAGUCCACAAUGCUGCUGCUGUUGUCAGUGAUGGUGAAUUAAUGCUGGCUGACGGCCCCAACGCAGUGGGACAAUCAGAUACUGUCCGAGUGACCCAUAAGUGCUUUAUUCUUCCCAAUGACACAAUCCAUUGUGAAAGAGAACUAUAUCAAUCAGCCAGAGCCUGGAAAGACCACAAGGCAUACAUCGAUAAGGAGAUUGAAGCUCUCCAAGAUAAAAUUAAGAAUUUAAGAGAAGUGAGAGGACACCUAAAGAGAAGAAAGCCUGAUGAAUGUGAUUGUAACAAGCAGAGCUAUUAUAAUAAAGAAAAAGGUGUGAAAACCCAAGAGAAAUUGAAGAGCCACCUUCACCCAUUCAAAGAAGCUGCUCAAGAAGUGGAUAGUAAACUACAGCUUUUCAAAGAGAAUCGGAGAAGGAAGAAGGAGAGGAAAGAGAAGAAGAGACAAAAGAAGGGGGACGAGUGCAGCCUGCCUGGACUUACCUGUUUUACACACGACAACAACCACUGGCAAACCGCACCAUUUUGGAACUUGGGAUCUUUCUGUGCCUGCACAAGCUCCAACAACAAUACUUACUGGUGUUUGCGAACAGUCAAUGAGACGCACAACUUUCUUUUCUGUGAGUUUGCUACUGGCUUCUUGGAAUAUUUUGACAUGAAUACAGAUCCCUAUCAGCUCACAAAUACAGUCCACACAGUAGAAAGAGGCAUCUUGAAUCAGUUGCACAUACAGCUGAUGGAACUGAGAAGCUGUCAGGGUUAUAAACAGUGUAAUCCAAGGCCCAAAGGACUUGAAGCAGGAAAUAAAGAUGGAGGAAGCUAUGACCCACACAGAGGACAGUUAUGGGAUGGAUGGGAAGGUUAAGCUGCCAAACUUCACUGAAGACAUCAACUGGCAAGGACUGGAAGAUUUAUACAGUGUAAAUGAAAGUUCCUAUGAAUACA